AUGAGGCUCUUUCAGUGUUCUGUGCUGUUGGCUGUCACUUAUGUGGCCUAUGCUAAAGACGACAAGGACGAUGACAAGUUUUCGAUUGGUCUCGGAGUGCUGGCCCCGUCUUAUCGACAGAAGGUCGGGACCGGCAAAGAGCUCGGCGCUCAGAUCGACUACAACCAAGAGGGCAAAGGUUUCUCCUACACCGUGAGUCAAGGGGAUCCCAACUCCGGUAAGCCCUACACAUCGAUCCAGAUCUCCCGACCCGCACCCCAGGAAGGCCCCAUCGAUUCUGCCAAAUCCGCUCCUCCUCCCGCUUCGUAUCAACCCCCACCACAAUACGCCGCUCCUGCACCCCGCUACGCUGCCCCAGCUGCUGCACCGGCGGCCCCGCAAUAUCAAGCCCCUCAGUACCAGGCACCCCCACCCCAGUAUGCCGCUCCGCAGCCCCAGUAUGCCGCCCCAGCUCCUCAACCCCAGUACGCCGCCCCCGCUCCCCAGCCUCAGUACGCCGCUCAAGCUCCUCAAUACGCUCCUCCUUCAGCUCCCCAGUACGCUCCCGGUCCUGUGCAGUACGCUCCUCAAUACGCUCCCGCGUCAUCCCCCGGAGUGCAGUACGCCCAACCUGCUCCGCGAUACGUCUCUGAACCUCAAUUCGCCCCCGCGGCUCCGCAGUAUCGGCCGAGCAGCAUCUCGUACCAACCUCAAGCAGCUCUCCCUCAAGUAGCACCUCAGCCGUUCGGAGGAUCCUCCAUCCAAUCGGAGCCUCAAUACGUUCCUCGAUACCAGACUCAACCCUCGUCUACUCGACAGCAGCCGUACCCGUCAUCGCUGGCUGCUCCGGAAACGUACAACGCUCCGGCGAGCGGUGCACAAGUCGCGCCACAGUACAUUCCCGCCAUUCAGAACGUGAAGUACCAGUUCGGUUCAGGCGCCGAGCCCGCUUUCGCAUCGCAAUUGUCGAUCUUCGGAAAUCAACAUGCGAGACAGUAG